GCAGGCUGGGAAGGCGAGGCACAGCCGCCACGAGCCGCCCCUCGCGCCCUCGCUUGGCGGGCACCGUUCUGCGGCCAGAUGCUGGCUGGGUGCGCCGUCGCCUUGCUCUGCCUGACCUGGGGCACCUACCAGAGCCUGGCCGUCCCCAGGGUCACGGAAUGCAGCCUCUCCUGUUCCCAGGGCUUCGCCUGCAAGAGCCAUGUGAACCAAAAUAUUUUCAACAGCUUCUGCCGGCAACCCCCAGCACCCAUGCCCAGGUCCGUCCUGGGGGCCCUGGCGCUCUCCACUGCCAUGAAGUGCUCCUCGCCCGGCAGCUGCUCCCUGCUCCUGCGUGUCAAUGCCUCCCUCACGCUGCACGAGAGCCUGCAGGGCCUGGAGGCCUGCUCCACGAGCCUGGACACCCAGGAGACUCAGUGCCAGGCUGUGCGGGUCCCCAGGGCCUCCCGCCGGCAGGCAGGGCGGCAGCUCCAGGUGCACUUUGACUGCUUCGAGGUGGGCGUGGCCCAGACCCUCUACGUCACCCUGAGGACUGUCCCCCACUUCUGCGGGGUCCAGCUGGGCCAGCAAUACCACACGGAAGACUGCAGAGAUGAGGACGUGGGGAAGAAUGUGCCUGACUGCUUCGCUGAGAAGCUCUCCUACUGGGUGGACCGCAACCGCAAGGUCGUUCUAGUACAGGUGCCGGAGUCUGGGGGCCCUGACUACUACGCGCGGCUCUGUCUGAAGCGGUUCACCUGCGAGGACGCGGGCACCCCAGUGCUGGUAACAGGGAACAGUAUCUCCCGGAGGGUCUCUCUGCCCUACAGCCAAGAGUUGUCGUGCCUGUGCCUUGAGGUCUGGUCGGCGACCCCCGACGCGGUGCGAAUCCAAACCUGCCCCUUCAAAGAUGACAGGGAGAGCCUCUGGGACGCCAUCCACUACCAGCCGGGGAGCCAGGUGCUGAGCUGGGAGCCCGCCUGCCCCAUGAGAGGCCGUGUGAGUCUGUGCUGGCGGCCAGGGCCAGGGGCCCACUGCCUCGAGCUGAAGCACUCAGGCCGGCCGGCCCGCGGCAAGGUGCAGUACCCGCUCGUGGACACGCAGCCCCAGCUCUGCCUGAAGUUCUCCACGAGCCUGGGUUUCCAAGUGAGGUGCCCUUUCAAGCAGCCGCGCUUCCCAGCCUGGAAGAUGACCGUCCAGCCCGCACCCACUCCGGGCCGCCUCCGGGUGGCCUUCUUCUCGUCCAGCCCCGCCCGCUUCCAGGUGUGCCUGUGUCACCAGGGAAAGACGUGGCCCCCCGACUGCCGUCGACUGCUCCAGGCCACCCCCGUCCCUGCGGCCUCUGUGAGCCAGGGUGACCCUACAGAGGACCCUGCAAUGGCCUUUGUGGACAUUCCCAGGGACGAGGCCUGCGCACCCAGCACCUGCAUCCAGGGCAGGAGGACCGAUGUCCAGUUCUCCGCUCCCCAGCAGCUCUGCAACCUCCAGUGCGCUGCCACCCAGGGGACAGCAGCCUGAGGCCAAGUGUCUCACCAAGAAGACGUGGGUGCCAAGCCCGACUGCAGGCAUGCGGCAAAGGGCCAGCUCACGUCUGGACAGUCCAGGCCUCUGUUGCAAUGGCUAGGCC